GGCGACACUGUUGAAUUGACAUUUGACCGACUUCACUCUUCACUUCAGAGGUUUAUUUACAGAAAUAAAUAUGGCAAAAUUAUUAGGAUUAGAUAAAAUUGCCACGUUUUUUCGCAUUAUUCGCGCAAACGGUGGACCUUUCGGUUCCGUAAAGACAUUAUUCAGGACGGAUGAGCUCAAGGUUGGCACUUUAAUCGGGGAAGAUAAAUUUGGAAAUCGAUAUUAUGAGAAUAAUGCAUAUUUUGUAGGUCGUAAUAGAUGGGUGAUGUAUGCUGAUAAAGUUGGACUCAAUUAUGAUGGCUCGCAAGUCCCACCAGAGUGGUUUGGUUGGUUACAUUACAAAACAGAUUUGCCACCACAUAAAGAUCCAUCUCGACAAUACAAAUGGAUGUUAGAGCAUGAACCAAAUUUGAGUGGCACCAAUAAAGCUUAUAUGCCCUACAGCACUACGAGACCAAAGAUUGAACCUUGGCAGCCGCCACAGUAAAAAGUUUAAUGAACAAAAAAUGAAAAAUAAAGGUAGUUUAUUAUAAUAACGUAAUAAAUAUUGA